ACUGCGCCCCGUUGUUUGGCAGGCAGUGGACGCGCCGCUGUAUGUUGUGUGCGGCGCUGUGUUUAUAUUGUUUGUGGCGUGUUUGUUGCGUGCGCUGAGCGUUUAUGUGUUUCCGUGUGGUGGACGGGUGUUUGCGGCAACCAGAGUGGUGGCACAGCAGGGUGCUCCGCAGUAUGGACAGUAUGAACCACGUUUACUGCAAUUCCGCCACCGCCACCGUGGCCGCCGCCGUAACAGUGACAUCAUCACCGAUGACCGCGACCACGACCACCGUCGUCGCUUCGCCGGGCGUUACGAUGCCAACGGCAACCGUGAUCGAGUCGGCUGCGUCGUGUGCGUCGUCAACAACCACCGGCGGAUCGCCGCCGGUGAUGUUCGACGAGGACGCCCUGCCCGAACUGCCUCCGAUUGAUGACGACGACGAGCCGGAGGAAGAAGAAGAAGAAGAUCAGGACAUGGAGGAUGGCGAGGACGACGACGACAUGCCCGAUGACGACGAUCCGGACGAGGAUCCAUCCGAUGGGGACGACUUUUCGGCCAAUGCUUCGUUGAGUGCGCUCAACGAGGUGAAGCAGAUGCAAUCGAUCCUGCUGCUCCACUUGGACCUCAUCCAGGAACAGGGCGAUCAGAUUCUAACCAAAGACAAGGUGAUCAUCAAGCUGAAGGACGAGAACGAACUGUUGCGCCACCAGCUGGAGCAGGCGAACAAGCGCCUUACGAUGGCCCUGCUGCAACUGCAGCAACUGGGACAACCGGUACCACACGAGCUGCAACAACAGCUUCAAAAACCACCGAAAGCGGAAGGAACGGUAUCGCCGCUUACGAUUCGCAGCCAGAUGGAGAACGGUCGGUUGAAGGCGGUCGUCCUGAAGAACUCAUCAACCGCCGGCUCGUCCCAGUCGCCACCCUCCUCGUCAUCCGUUUCGUCCACCGUGCUGGAUACCGCCCUGCAGCCCGCGCAUUCGUCUUCGCCGCUCCGCAACUCGGAGGUCAGCAGCACGGUGUCGCUAAUCAAGGAGGAACCGGUGGAAGUAUUGUCCCCCUCGAUGGCUGACGGUGAACCAUCGAUGGCCGCAUACUACGCGGACGUCGAAAUUAAAGCCGAAAACAACGAGGUCGAUGGAGAAAUCUUUCUCAACUACUCCAAAUCGGACGACGAUGAAUCGGCUUCGCCACCGUCGAGUUUCGGUGAGGAUGAGCGCGAAGACGAGGACCCGGAGUCACUGACCGAAGGGGACGCGCGGGUUCCGGUGGUCGACCAAGGAUGCUACGCAUCGAACGAUGGCGACAGUCCGAUGCAGUACACAAGUGACGAUCUGUCCAACGAAGUGUGUUUGCCGGGUGGUGGGGAAGACUCCGAAUCGGUCUUCGUUCCGAUGAUAAAGAUGGAGUGCACCGAUGAGCCACAACUCUUGGGAGGGUACGAUCACGAAGCCGAACGAAACGCACAGGAUAGCAGCGACGUUGAGCAGGACGAACCACUGGUAGAAAGUUCCGCCAAAGUGGAGGAAGGGCCACCGGCUGAUAACAAGCACUCGAUACGGCUGGUAACGAUGAUGGCUGGGGAUCAAAACCCAACGACGACAACGACGGAAUCGGAGCGUUUGACAGGCCAUGAGCAACCGAAAGAAGAAAGCAACGAACCGAGCGCCGCUAGCAGCAGUAAUAACAACAGUAAUCACAGUAACUCUAACAGCAUUCACUACAACCCGCACUGUGGCUCUUCCGGUGGGAACUCAUCAGAUGGCAGUUUGGUGAAGCAGCAGGGAUCACGGUGUGGCAAAUCGGGGAUCGGUACCAAUGCGACAGCUUACAUGGUCACCCGGAAGCAGUAUAUCAGCUGCAACUGGAAGGACGAUGCGAUCGCCAGCGAGCUCGAGCGGCUCCUGUCGAACGGGGCGGCCGAGCUUGAGAUACCGUCGUGGAGUGUAAUCGAGGAGAGCGAAUCGUCCGUUCCAGGGAGCCCGAGCUCGGACGAUGUGCCACUCGCCGAAGAGAUCCGGUCACGGGAAAACAUCACCGACGAAGCGUACCUAAAGCGCCACACAAAGCUGGAGAUCGACGAACGGCGCCGCAAGAAGUGGGACGUACAGCGGAUACGCGAGCAGAAGCACAUCGAGCGGCUAAAGAAGCGCCAGCUGAAGGAGCUACCGGCCGAGCAGGACGCACCGAAAGCGAUCAGCACGUUUUAUCCGACGGUUGAAACGCUCAAGCACGUCGUCGUUACGGACGAUGUUCCGGUUCAAGCGUUCGGUGAGCUCAUCCCUCUGCUGCCCGCAUCAGGCUUCAGCCUUCCGUGGCACCAAGUGAAGUCGAACGGAGGCGCCGGAGGGUCCGGUGGUGGGCCAUCGUCGUGUUCGUCCUCACUCGCUCCAUCACUGCUAUCGUUGUCCUCUUGUUUUGCAAAUCCCUCCACCAGCAGCAGCUUACUACCUGCACUGUCCUCGUCGGAUGUGCACCAUCGGAGCGAGCAUCGUCAGCAUCAUCCCUACUUGCAGCCGGUACCACCACCACCACCGCCGCCGUCGUCGGGUCCAAGCAUACCACAUAGUAGUGGGUUCGGAUCGGCGGCCAGCUUCGAAUCGAAAACCAAAUUCCUGCACCGACUGGCACCGAGUUUGCUGGCACAAAAGCAGCGCUUCACGAAGCGCAUGAAAAAGGAAGUUUAAAGCUGCUUGCGCUGUAGCAGCUGAAGGGCACCGCACUGUUACAACAAUGGCUUCUUUCCGGCGUUCCGGGCGCUGGAAAGUGUGAUUUCUGUUCUGUUGGUAGAUUAGAAUUAGACACUGUAUGUUCGUUUGUGUGCGUGUGCAGCUGCGGUAUGUAUGUCACUUGUCACGCACUGCACCGCGCUUUUGUGGCCUGUGAUCUUCCCAUAAAAGAAGUG